AUGCUGCAUCCGAUCAGAUGUGUCCUGCACAGGAGUCUUCACCGCGGCUGCUGCCGGCACCUGUCACUGUCAGCUCAAUGCUACAACACUGGCCGGAAGGGUCUUGUGUUGGGUGCUUAUGAAAAAACUGAAGAAGAAAACGUGGUCUUCACUCAGGCAGGGGACAGGUUUGACAACAUUGUGUCUGGGAAGCUGAGAGAUCAGUUGACAAGAUCUGGACCUUCCCUCAAGAAAGGCAAAUCACGGAUAUUUUAUGGUUUACAUGAGGAAUUUCCCAGUGUUGUAGUGGUUGGGCUGGGUAAAGAAUCUGCUGGCUUUAAUCAACAUGAGGUUUGGAAUGAGAGGAAGGAGAACAUCAGAACUGCAGUGUCAGUGGGCUGCAGACAGCUUCAAGACAUGGAAAUUGAACAAGCGGAGGUGGACCCUUGUGGAGAUGCCCAGGCAGCAGCAGAAGGUGCCCUUCUUGGGCUGUUUGAGUAUGAUGAGCUUAAGAAGAAAAAGAAGAAACUUGUUUCUACCAGGGUGUAUGGGAGUCAAGAAGGAGAGGCCUGGCAGAAAGGAGUGUCCUAUGCAGAGGGACAGAACCUGGCCCGCUAUCUGAUGGAAGCGCCUGCAAACUACAUGACACCGACUAGGUUUGCGCAGAUAUUUGAGGAGAAGUUGGAAAAGUUGGGAGGCAAUGUAAAGGUCUUCACAAGGUCAAAGCAAUGGAUAGAGGAACAACAGAUGGGAGCAUUUUUAAGUGUAGCCAAAGGGUCUGAUGAACCUCCAGUGCUGUUGGAAAUCCACUAUACUGGCAGCCCUGACCCUAAGGAUCCACCCCUGGUCUUUGUUGGGAAGGGAGUCACUUUUGAUAGUGGUGGGAUUUCUAUAAAGCCAUCAUCAGGAAUGGAUGCAAUGAGAGCAGAUAUGGGUGGAGCUGCUACUGUCUCUUCUGCAAUAUUAACUGCUGCAACACUAAAGUUACCCAUCAAUCUGAUUGGUUUGGCUCCUUUGUGCGAAAAUAUGCCCAGCGGCGGAGCAAAUAAACCUGGUGACGUUGUGAAAGCAAAGAAUGGAAAGACGAUUCAGGUGGACAACACUGAUGCCGAAGGGCGAUUGCUUUUGGCUGAUGCUCUCUGUUAUGCACAUAAUUUCAAUGCACGAGCCAUCGUAAAUGCAGCAACUCUAACUGGUGCUAUGGACGUGGCUCUAGGAUCUGCUGCUACCGGUGUGUUCACCAAUUCUUCCUGGCUGUGGACUCAUCUUCAAGAGGCCAGUGCUGUGACAGGAGACCGAGUUUGGAGGAUGCCUCUAUUUGAGCACUAUAGUAAACAAGUGACAGAUUCUGCCCUUGCUGACCUUAAUAAUGUUGGGAAAUACAGCAGGUCUGGAGGAGCGUGUACUGCGGCUGCAUUCCUGAAGGAGUUUGUCACCGUGCCUCACUGGGCUCAUCUAGACAUCGCUGGCGUCAUGUCAAACAAGGAUGAGGUUCCUUACCUGCGCAAAGGAAUGGCAGGGCGCCCCACAAGGACCUUGAUUGAAUUUGUUGACCGACUUAGUAAAGACAGGAAUCCCACAUAA